UGGCAAACUGGCACAGACAGGUACUGUUUCUUGAUUGCUGAUCUAUUCACUAUGGCCGCAGAUCACCAGAACCCUGCAUCCAAGCAGCAGCAGCCAGGCACCAGUGCAUUUAAGCUGGUUAUCUAUGAACAGGAAAACUUCCAGGGACGCUGCCAUGAGCUGACUGGUCCCUGCAACAACGUCCAGGAAGCAGGCGUGGAGAAAGUGGGCUCCAUACUGGUGCUGUGUGGACCAUGGGUGGGAUACGAGCAGGCCGACUGUAAGGGGGAGCAGUAUGUGUAUGAGAAGGGGGAGUAUCCUCGCUGGGAUUCCUGGACCAACAGCAGGCGCAGCGACACCAUUCUUGCUUUCCGCCCGAUUAAAGUGGACAGCCAGGAGCACAAGAUUGUCCUUUACGAGAACCCCAGCUUUGCAGGGAAGAAGAUAGAAAUCAUAGAUGAUGAUGUCCCCAGCUUUCACGCACACGGCUACCAGGAGAAGGUCUCCUCUGUCCGGGUGCAGAGUGGCACUUGGGUGGGGUAUCAGUAUCCAGGCUACAGAGGCUAUCAGUACCUGUUUGAGAAGGGGGAGUAUAAGGACAGCUCUGAGUUCGGAGCCCAGACCCCUCAGAUCCAGUCUGUCCGGCGCGUCAGAGACAUGCAGUGGCAUCAGAGGGGUGCUUUCAAACCCGUCAACUAAGCUUGUGACUCUUUCCUGUCAUUGAACCUGAAACUUGCAGGCUUGCUCCCUCCCAGCAUCACACCCCCCCUCUUUGUCCUUCAUUUACACCUUAAAGCAUUUUGAUAUCUAUUGCAGCUGCUAGAGGAGUGACGUUCUUUCAAGCAAACUAAUAAAACCUUAUUGCUUACAUUAGACUGUGUUGCAUGAUGUAUCUUGUGUCUUUGCCAGACUUCUUAAAAAUAUCUUAAAGAAACAUCGGGAGUGAAAAUUGAAUUUACGUUCAUUAUGUCCAGAGGUGGAAGAAGUACUCAGAUUGUGUAUUUAAGUCAAAGUAGAACUACCGAAGAGCAGGAAUACUCUGUUACAAGUAAAAUUCCUGCAUUCAAAAUCUUACUUAUAAGUAAAAGUAGCCUACAAGUAGUAUUGGCAUCCAAAUUACAAAAAGUAAAAGCACUCAUUAUGUAGACCGCCCAAUUCCAGAAUUAUAUUAUUAUGUUUGCCUUUUGCCCUCUGACGCAGAUGCCCAACCUUGGGCAGCCGCUAUCUCCCAACCAUUUUGUUGUUGUUUAUGACCGGGCAAUUA